AUCUUUCACCUUAUAGGCUCUGCACACUGAGCCCAUCCCGGGGGAAUGGUGGGAUUUUUUGACAGAUGUGAAACUCCGAUUCACACUGCCACCAUCCACCAUCCGUCAAAAACAGCUGAUGCCAAUAACAAGUUCAUUAAAUUUGCGCGGAAGAUUUAUUAAUUCUUGGUUCUUAUAAUGGAUGAUGAAGAUAUAGCAAUUAUUUCGGCUGUGGUUCAACAGCAAAAUAUUUUCUUGCACCAACUAAUAAUGUUGCUGUCAAUGAAUAAUGAUGAUGACGAUGAUGACUUUAACAUUGACGAGGAUGAGAUGACCCAGAUGACUGCCAUAAAAACACAAAAGCCAGGAAGAUUAUGGUCGUUUAAGCGGUUCGGGACAUUUUGGGAGAAAGAUGUACCAGAAAACAAAGAGGCGUUUUUCAAAGAGAGUUUCCGAAUGGAGAGGCCCUGCUUUGAUAUUUUAGUGAAUCGGCUUGAAGUGCUGCGAAAGAAGGCCACCAACUGCCGAGCUGCAAUUCCUUUGGAAAAGCGCAUCGCCAUUGCGCUAUACACUUUGGGCUCGUCCUCUGAGUACCGAACAGUUGGCAGGCUUUUCGGUGUAGCUCCAAACAGUGUGUGUAAUAUCCUGAACGAGUUUUGCAGAGCACUUAUCGACGAGUUUUCGAAGGAGUACAUGUCGCCCAAUUACCUAACUUCCGACAAAAUUGAUGAGUGCGUAAAGGGAUUCGAGGCAAUUGGGUUUCCUCAGUGCCUAGGUGCAAUUGGUAGGAAAUCAAUAAGAACUUUUAACUGCGCUAAAAUUCUUCAAGAUUCUCUGGUCGCCAAUGGGUUAAUCAUUCUCUGUCCAUGAUCGAAAAUCAAAUUCCUCGAUUUUUAUAUUCAACUUAACAGUACUAGAUAGAUAGGAACCCCAGCUCUCAGCUCAUAGUUUUAUCCGAUUGGUAAAUCGAUUUCCUACAAGACGGCUUA